CUGGCUGUGUACUUUACGUGGGAGGAAUGGCAGAACAUGAACAAUGCUCAGAAGAUCCUGUACAGAGAUGUGAUGCUGGAGACCUACAGCAACCUGUUCUCCUUGGGGCACUGCAUUACCAAACCUGACUUGAUCUUCAAGUUGGAGCGAGGAGAAGAGCCAUGGAUGAUGGAUGAAUGCUUGAAUCAGAGCCUUUCAGUGGUCAUGAAAAGGGAUGACCUGAUUAGGAUCAACCAGGAAAGUCAGGACAAAAAUCUGAAUCAGAAUUUUAUGAAAAAUAACAAGACAUCAGCUCUCAAGAGAAUUGAAUUAAGAAAAACACUUAGUUUAAAUUCAAGCCAUGUUCCAACACUGAUUAUUAAAAAGGGAAUCUAUUCAGGAUUGAAGCCUGAGGAAUGCAAUAAAUGUCACACUGUGUAUCCCCCCAGUGGGCCUGAUCAACUACAGGCUGGAGAGAAAUUUGAUAACACUAAGAUACCUGGAAAAUCUCUCCAGUUCUGUGAGCCUCUUAGUCAGCUUGACAAUAUUCACAUGAUGAAGCAGACAUUUGGACCCACUGGACAAGAAAAAGUCUUCACAAGAAAGAUGUUCUUUAAAUCUGAGAGGGUUCAUAUGGCAGCAAACUUUCACACAGGGCAGAAACCUUGUGAAUCUAAUAAGUGUGGAAAAGCCUUUAUAAAUCAUAUGUUAUAA